CCAUUGGCCCCAUCGGGAACAAUGUUGGAGAACGGAGAAGAAAUGGAGGGACAUUACCGAGUGGGUAAGGACUCCUGGGCAGGAGCUGAGAAGAUGACGACCCUGGAGGCGAAAGCCAUCAGUUCAGAGGUCCAGCGCAGGCUCUUCAGGGGUAUCCACUACCAAGAGUCUAAGGGACCCCGUGAGUUUUGCAGUCGCCUUCACCACCUUUGCCGUCAGUGGCUGCAACCGGUGAGGAACACCAAAGGGCAGAUGCUGGACCUGGUGGUUCUGGAGCAGUUCCUGGCUGUCCUGCCUGCAGAGAUGCAGAGUUGGAUACGGGAGUGUGGAGCAGAGACCAGCUCCCAGGCGGUGGCCCUAGCCGAAGGCUUCCUCUUGAGUCAGGUGGAGGAGCAGAAGGAACGUGUAGAGUUGAAGGCACCAUUUGUAGAGGUCAUUGAACAUCACGGGAAAUGCAGGGAUUUUGCAAAUCCUUCCCAGGAGCUUCUUUUUGGAGGCGUUGCUAAAAAUCAGGACACUUCAAAAGGAUCACCCCCCUUUUCUGGUGGAUCCAAAAGAGCAGCUGACGUUUCAGCGCAGGACGCUGUGUCCUUCAAGGAGGUGGCUGUGUAUUUCUCAAAAGAGGAGUGGUCUUGGCUAGAUGCCCAUCAAAAAGCCCUCCAUGAGGAAGUCAUGCUGGAGAAUUCUCGGAACGUGGCCUCCCUGGGGGAUAAAAGGCAGAAUAAAAAUUGCAAGGAAAGCCUCCAAACUUUGAUGCUGGAAGAGGGAAAGGAACCAUUUGCAAAUCAAACAGAACCAAAAACGUGCUCAGAAAGUCACUCCCAAAAUGGAAGGAAACGCGGCUCUUCCUUUCUGUGGCCUCAAAUUCAAGACUUCUUUGUCCAACCAAACUGCCAUUUUAAAAGAAAAGGGAAACGUUCUGGGAAAGGCGGAGAAAUCUUGCAGGAUAUAUCAGAUGUAAAUAAAGCUUGCCGAACCCUGGUCAAAGAACGGAAGUGUCCAUUCAAGGAGAACAGGAAGGGUUGCCGUCGUACUUUUGCCCCGUCUCUGCGCGAAAGAGUCAGCCGGGGGGAAAAACCCUAUAAAUGCACGGAGUGUGGAAAACACUUCAGCAACAGCAGUUCUCUUACGUGCCACAGAAGGAUCCACACCGGGGAGAAACCCUAUAAAUGUAUGGAGUGUGGAAAGAGUUUCAGUAGCAGCAGUAACCUCACUGCUCAUAAAAGGAGCCACUCGGGAGAGAAACCCUAUCAAUGCCUGGAGUGUGGGAAGAGCUUCAGCACGAGCAGCAGCCUGACGUCCCAUAAAAGGAGCCACUCGGGAGAAAAACCGUAUCAAUGCCCAGAAUGUGAAAAGAGCUUCAGCACCAGCAGCAGCCUAACGUCCCAUAAAAGGAGCCACUCGGGAGAAAAACCGUAUAAAUGCCCGGAGUGCGGAAAGAGCUUUAGUACAAGCAGUUACCUUACUUCUCACAAAAGAAUCCAUACGGGAGAGAAGCCCUACAAAUGCACGGAGUGCGGGAAAAGCUUCAGCAACAGCAGUAGCCUCACUUCCCACAGAAGAAGCCACUCGGGGGAGAAACCCUACAAAUGCCUGGACUGUGGAAAGAGGUUCAGGAAGAGCAGUAACUUUUCUUCGCACAAAAGGAUCCACACGGGGGAGAAACCCUACAAAUGCAGGGAGUGUGGGAAGAGCUUUAGUCAGAGCAGCGACCUCAUAUCCCAUAAAAGGAUCCACACCGGGGAGAAACCCUACAAAUGUGCGGAGUGUGGGAAAAGCUUCAAUACCAGCAGUAACCGUGCUUCCCAUAAAAGGACCCACACUAGGGAGAAAAUCUACAAAUGGAUGAAGGUACAUUUUAACAAAAGCACCAGCCUCUCUAAACAUAGAAGGAUCCAUACUGGAGAGAAACCGUAUAAAUGCACGGACUGCGGGAAAAGCUUUAGGAAGACCGCGACUUUCAUUUGCCAUAAGAGGAUUCAUGCAGUGGAGAAACAUAAAUUCUUGGAAGGUGAAACUGAAAUAUAAGAAAACCCUUAUGUUCUCACAAUAGGAUCCAUUUAGGGAAGAGAGCCUAUUGGACCAUGGACUGUUGAAUGAGCUUUAAUUAAUGUUCUUACCUUACUUAGCCAAAUUCAGUCUACAGAGAGCAGAAAACUACAUGGAAUAGUAAAAGAACUUCUGUUAACGUGGGUCUUUUACUAGUACUAAGAAGAAGCAGUGGGGAGAAAGCAUAUAGAUACUGUGAUGCACAAAAAUAACAAAGUCACCAAAGUAGAUAAAUUCCCUUUAAUGCCUCCAACUUGGCCCACAAUGUCCAAUUAACCUCGGCGGGAGAUCAAAUUCUUCCAGAAACAGUCUACAAAGGGAAGAAAUGCAAUCCGAACCCAAAAUACAGAUAAAGUAGAAAUUAAAAAA